CGAUCCACCUCCGUCUCACCGUCGUUGAAAUCUUUGUCUGGAAAUGGCGUCGUUGAAAGACCUAAACAAGUUGGUUAAUGGAUUGUCAUUGGUCGCCAAAGAGGCGAUGAAACAGGGGAAUCUCGAUAAACCAGACCUGCAAUCCCUAAUCAAGCAAGUCGUCUUAUCAGCCACCGACAUCUCCGGCCUCACCAAAGGAGAGGUUCGGAAUUUCACGGUCACCGGUCCUAAACUCAAUCAGAAUUUGGAAGAAGGCAGGAGUGUUGUGUAUUUUGAGGAGGUGGAAGCUUCUUCAACCGACGAUAUACCGUCGGCUACAUCUUCCGAUCAGAGUAUCUCAAUAGACGCUAAUUUUGAUUCCCAUUCUACUACAUUUAAUGCAGGGAGGGAAGGUAAUGGUGAGUCUGUAUCUCUUCAGGCUGAGAUUGUUAUUCCUCCCGCCAAUUUGAAGAGCAAUGAUGCAGCUGCAGCAGUUGAAGAAAAGGCUGUUUCUUCGACUGCUUUGCCGCCGAUACCACCGCCAUUAGUAAAGAAACAGAGGAGGCGGGAGAGAAAGGUUCCUACCACUUCGUUCUCCAGAGCGCUUGGGUUUGCUGGCCUAGGAGCUGGGCUUGCCUGGGGAACUAUACAGGAAUCUGCUAAGAGAAUUGUCUAUGGUACAACUGACUCGCAAGGGAAGCAGUCUGCCCUUUCGCCGUAUUUAUCUGAAAAGAAUGCAGAACGUCUGGCUCUUGCUCUAUGCAGGAUGCGUGGAGCAGCACUAAAACUGGGACAGAUGUUAAGUAUCCAAGAUGAAUCUCUUGUUCCUGCUCCGAUCUUGGCUGCUUUGGAUAUUGUUCGUCAGGGUGCCGAUGUUAUGCCAAAAAGCCAGCUGAAUGAAGUUUUGGACCAUGAAUUAGGCGUCAACUGGUCAUCCAAGUUGAAAAGCUUUGAUUAUGAACCCCUUGCUGCUGCAAGUAUAGGUCAGGUGCAUAAAGCUGUCACCAAGGAUGGUUUUCAAGUUGCAAUGAAGAUUCAAUAUCCUGGUGUUGCAGAUAGCAUAGAUAGCGACAUUGACAACGUAAAACUGCUAUUAGACUAUACUAAUCUGAUUCCCAAGAAUUUGUAUCUCGAUAGAGCUAUGAAGGUGGCGAAAGAAGAGUUAUCACGUGAAUGCGACUAUGAGUUGGAAUCAUCAAAUCAGAAAACAUUCCACAGAUUACUAUCAAAUGUAGAAGGGUUUUACGUUCCUUCAGUGGUAGAUGAAUUGUCGAGCAAAAAAGUCCUUACUACAGAACUUGUUCAUGGAAUUCCUAUUGAUAAGGUUGCUGCUUUAGAUCAAGAAACUCGUAGUUAUGUUGGGAAAAAAUUGCUUGAGCUUACAUUGAUGGAGCUAUUCGUCUUUAAGUUCAUGCAGACCGAUCCCAAUUGGAGUAAUUUUUUGUACGAUGAGGCUACACGAUCAAUCAAUCUCAUUGAUUUUGGAGCAGCUCGAAAGUACCCUAAGCCUUUUGUUGAUAAUUACUUGAGGAUGGUUGUUGCUUGUGCAAAUUGUGACCGGGAUGCUGUAAUCGAGAUGUCCAAGAGGCUCGGUUUCCUGACAGGAGAGGAAUCGGAGAUAAUGUUGGAGGCUCACGUUCAGGCUGCUUUUGUUGUCGGUUUGCCGUUUGCAAACCCCGGUGGUUAUGAUUUUCGUGCCAACAACAUAACUCAAAGCAUUUCAAACAUUGGAGCAACAAUGUUGAGACACAGAUUGACACCGCCGCCCGAUGAGGCCUACAGCCUCCACCGUAAACUUGCCGGUGCUUUUCUUGCAUGCAUCAAGAUUGGGGCCGUGGUACCUUGCUGUGAUCUUCUGCUUCAAGUAUACGAAAGCUAUGAAUUUGAUGAUUAGAAAUCUUGGUCCGAGAGCUCCUCUCUAUAGAUCGCAGUUCGAGUAUUCUCAUGGCCACUGGGAUUUUUCUAACUACUAUCUUUUGGGGCCCAUAAGAAUAGGAUCAGUCGAGCUGCAUGCAAGCUGGUCUGGACAUUCACGAUUAAACAAUGUUGUUCUGUGCUCCAUUCAUUACUAUGUGUAGCAUUAUUUUGGUGUAAAUUCGAUUUAAGAAACCAUUCAUUUAGCAUACAAAAGGUGCGACGAUCAUUUGUAGAAGGGUUGUUGCGAAGAAUAACACAUAGACGAUGGCGAAUGUAUCGCGGUCGAUGUAAUGUUUCGAUCGUUAACCGACAACUUGUUCAUGGUAGUUAGUUCAUGUACUUUUAAACCCAACUAAAUAAUACGAACAAUUUUUUUUU